CGCUUUCUGCCUGUAGUUCGAUCCAUCGAUGCCUUGGAUUCUGUGUUAGCUAGAAAUCAGAAAUUGGCUGCUUUAUCAACACUUUUGCCCUACCCACUGCAACCGUAGUUAUUUGUAAUACUUCUUAAGAAAUGUGGAGGCUAGAAUUCAGGAAAACAAGCUAAACAACGGUUUCAGCUGGAGCUUAAAGUCAGCAAUAAAGCCUAUCUCCUAAAAGGUAACAGUCCCUGAGGCCUCGGCAGUAUCAUGGUGGACAUUUCUGUGAAGAGCGGAGCUGCCUGGGUCUGUCAUGCUCAGGGACAUCACUUGGCUGAUAUCCUGCUUCCUGUUCACCUGAGUAACAACGACGAUCAUGAAGAGGAGCUCAGCCAGUCAGAGGGUGACAAGACAAACUGGGGGCCCCCAGUGUUGUUGGAGCAGACAGAGGAAGGGUCUCCUUGUGUCCUGAUGCUCAACGGCAGCCCCUGCUCCCCCACUGCCAUCAGCCGCGUACUGGUUAUCAGCGAGGCUCGAACCAUGGAGGUAUACGACCAGACGGGAGAAUACUGCGGUACAGUACGCGGGGAGCGGGAGGACAGCAUCCAGCCAGACAGUUCAGACAGAGGGCCUUUCUACAAGAAACAGCUGAUCCUCGAGCAUCCGUCCUCAUCCUGUGAAGUGAAGCUGCUCUCCCUGGGCGGUAGAAGCAGUGUUCUGGUGUGUCGGGUCAUCGUGGCCCUUCAGACCCUGGAGCCCUGCGCGUCCCAGGGCCCCGGCAUCGACAUGCAGCAGGUGCAGUGUCUGGUGGAGGAGAUGGGAACGAGCCUCUCUCCAGGAGCACAGAACCUCAUGGAGAUGGUGCACUUCCAGCAGAAGAACCAGACCAGCUCUCUGGGCGGCUUCCUGCCUCUCCUGAUGGGCGGUGGACUUUUCUCUGCCCUGUCUCAGAGAGCCAACAUCCCCCCAACACCGCCUAUAAACCAGCCCCACCCUGAGGACUCCAGGCCUCCAGUCGGCUCCAUCGGGCCUGCAGGUGAAGCUCCACCGGCUCAGAACGGAGCCAUGUCAGACGGAUCCUCCACCCUCUCCCCAGACCUGCAGGUCAUCACCCAGAAUAUAAUGAGCAGCGGGGGCCGAGGCCCGAUGAGCCACAGCCAGCUGGCGGAGAUAAUGUCUCACUUGAUGAAAGGGCAGGAGCGCGGUGAGGGCCCCGGCCCCGAGCUUCGGCCAUUGCUCCAGGGUCUGUGUGGUCAGGUGACCAAGCUGAGGCUGGAUGACGCUGCAGCGCUGGCAGAGAAGGAGAAGAUGAUGAGAAAUAGCUCAUGGGAGUUGGACUCAGCCAUGGAGCGCCGUCUGGAGGACAUGGAGAGGAGGCUGACGGAGCAUGUGGACCGGCGCCUGGACGCUCUGGAGCAGAAGCUGGAGAAGGUCCUGCUGCUGGCCCUCGGCCAGGGAGCAGGCAGCUCAGCAGGCAGCUCAGAGGGGGGGUCCACAGGACCAUCGGAGCAGACCGCCCCGACACCGGCCUCGCAAUGACCCCCAGACUUCUAAAAGACUAAUAAGACUUCUAACCUGGAAGCGGACACUAACAGACACAACAGUUUUAAAAAAGGGCUGAAAUGAGAAAUCAAAUAACACAAUAAUCUGCUCAAAUUUAAGAUGGUGUGUCCAGCUGUCAAACACGCAGCCUCAGUAACGGUUUGUUUAUCUUUCAUCUCUGGGAAACUAAAAACAGAAUGUGACACUCGUGGAAAGCCAAGGUGAAUGACCUGGAUGUCGGACCGUCGAAAGAGAAACAAAAAUCUGUAACUGCAGAAAUCAUGUCCUACUGCUGCAAUGCACUAUGGGAAAGAUUGCAGUACAUCACCAAAAGAAGGCCAUCAAAACAGCAGAACAUUUAUUUAUUCAAAGAUAUGCAUGUAAACACUCCGAUUUGUCCUCCCAGGUUUCGUGAUCUACACGAUCAUCGACUAUAAAACCGUUAUCCUCUUCACAACAGUACUGUAACAGCCAUGAUCCACUGGGUCAGGCCUUAAAUGUCAGGUUUAGUACUGUUUGGUUUGACACUUGCUAAAAAUCUCAGAAAGAAUAUAUACUCCUGUGAAAGGAGUGUGUGGAACUGAUAUAACAUGUUUUAAUAUGACACUGCAAUGUCUGAGAUAAUGUCUGUAACAUGUUGAUGCCAAUGUAAACUAAAAGUACUGUUUGAGCUGUGAUGUUAAAGGUUUUAAUUACUGUGCUGACAUAAGUAGCAAUACAAAUAUAUUUAUACA